CCCACCAGCCCCGCCCCCAGGAACCCCCUUUGGGGUUUUGGACGAAUGUGGUUUUCCAAUGCAUCUUUAGCUAUUAGAUGAACUGCAACCGCAUCUGGAUAGCAGAGAAUAAAGGUUUGAAUGGCCUCAGUGUGAAGUGACACCAUUUGAACCACUUCCUGACAGACUGGAGGUGGUCUGGACUCCGUCUGUUCAUGUUUGGUAGUUUGAACACAGAUCGUCUGGGUCUUAAUGUAGAGCUGACAUGACUACACACAAGCAGAAACGUUGUUACCUAGAUGUCUCAAAGAGUUUUAUUAAUUUAUGUAUUUGUUUUGACUAAAGGUUUUAAUGACUGUUUAUCAGAGUUCUUCGCAAUAAAAAAGUUUGUUUUUUC